GCGCGAGCACCCAACUCUGCCGUGGUUGUCGUGGGGACACAUUUAGACCUCAUUGACACCAAGUUUCGCACUGAGAGGCUGGCCACGCUGAGAGCUUACGUCCUGGCUCUGUGCCGAUCGCCGUCAGGAGCUCGAGCCUCCGGCUACCCCGACAUCACCUGGAAACACCUGCAUGAGGUGUCCUGUAAGACUCUGGAGGGUUUGGACGGGCUGAAGAAGCUGAUCUACCAGGUGGCUCUCUCCAUGAAGGACAGCAGCAGCUCCUCCUGUGGCAGUAAGCUGCUGGGCAGGCUG